UAUUUUUUUCGUUCCACACUGUCACUUUUUCCUUUCAUGAUCCCUCCUCUUGAUGGUAAACAAACCAGUUUAUGAUUAAGAAUCGUUUUAUUAUUAAUUUAAACUAAAGUCGUGUCCUAAUUAUUGUAAUUUUGCAUUAAAUAAACCUUUUUUGAAUAUCUUUUAAUCACAAAUUGUUUUGAUUCUAUAUGCUAUCAGUUAUGAAUGUCCUCCUACAUCAUCCAAUUUUUGUGACUGAACUGUCAGCUUCAUUAAUGAUAUAGAAGAAAAAUUUCCCAUAAAGAUGAGCCUAUGACCUUAAUACUAUAGAUAUAUUUAUAUAUAUAAAGAUGAAUUCUUCAAGUGAUGUUCUUCAGCCAAUGAGGCAUUUUAUGUCGGUUCCGCCUAGUUCUGUCAUUACAGAUAUUGCACAACCUUCUUUAAAUGGAUCAGAUAUGAAUGAAAAAGAAAUGAAUCCUGUAUUUUUACAAACUUUGACUGCUCAGAUUAUAUCUGGUGCUUUUGUUUGGGCUGCACUUCUAAUUACAUGCCAUCAGAUCUACUUACAUUUGUGUUAUUAUACAAGUCCUGCACAACAACGAUGGAUUGUGCGAAUACUUUUCAUAGUGCCUAUUUAUGCUUUUGAUGCUUGGCUGUCAUUGCUCUUUUUCUAUGACAUGUACUAUGUGUACUUUGAUAGUAUACGGAAUUGGUAUGAAGCAUUUGUGAUUUAUAACUUCUUGAGCUUGUGUUAUGAAUACCUUGGUGGGGAAAGUAAUAUAAUGGCUGAAAUUCGAGGAAAACCCAUCAAAUCAAGUUUUUUGUAUGGAACUUGCUGCUUAAGUGGUAAAACUUACACUAUUGGAAUUUUAAGAUUCUGCAAACAAGCAACUUUACAGUUCUGUGCUGUGAAACCUCUGAUGUCUGUUAUCACACUUAUAUUACAAUCAUUUGGCAAAUAUUCUGAUGGAGAUUUUAGGCCUGAUAGUGGCUACCUUUACAUUACAAUUAUCUACAAUAUUAGCAUUACACUUGCACUUUAUGGACUAGUAUUGUUCUAUUAUGCCACCAAAGAACUUUUAACUCCAUAUGAACCAAUUUGGAAAUUUUGCACAAUUAAAUCUGUUAUAUUUCUUUCAUUCUGGCAAGGCGUUGUUUUAGCUAUUCUUGAAAGAGGAGGUGCCAUAUCUCCUAUACAUUCUAGCCAUGGUUUCCGUACCACAGCUGGUACUGUUUCAGCAGGUUAUCAGAAUUUCCUUAUUUGCAUUGAGAUGUUUUUUGCUUCUCUGGCCCUAAGAUGUGCCUUUCCCCACCAUAUUUAUAUGACAGGUUUCCAAACAGAUGCUUAUGGUAGAUCUGUUACAAUGCAAAGUAUAUCAAGCAGCUUAAAGGAAACCAUGAACCCAAAAGAUAUUAUGAAUGAUGCUAUUCACAACUUUCAUCCUCAGUACCAGCAAUACACCCAAUAUACUGCUCCACCACCUCCCCUUCCAGGCAUGAAUGGUGAUACUUCAAUGGCUCACACUGAUGAACAAUCAAGAGACGUAAAACAAUCCAGUAAUAUUGCAAACAAUCCUCAAGUUGUACCUGUUGCCUCCCAAUAUGGAGAAAAGAUUCUCCUACUCAGCUCGGAUGAUGAAUUUCAGUGAGACAGCAAUAUUGGAUUUAGACCAACUAACAAAACAGCUAAUGUGUGGACAAAUCUGGAACCUUAUGAUUUCACCUUUGAUAUGCACUUUUAGUGACGAAAUUAUUUUACUUUGCAUAGACUUCAAGCUUAUAUUUCCUUUUGUUUUACACUUGCAGUUUUUUCUUUUGUUUUUUUGAGACUCUUAUAAAUGUACUUAAGAUAUUAUUUGUGACUUGUUUAUUGUUGUUGAAAUGUAUUUAGAUUUGUUGAUAUGUUUUGUGUUUUUUAAGAGUGGAAAUUAUUUAUUAUAGUUCACAAACAAAAAUAUUGUUCCUUUUCUUAUGUAUAACAAAUAUAUGGUAGAUAUUUAUUGUAAAUUAUGUAGUGAAAACCUUUACUGUACAAACAUUGUAAGUCUGUAAAAAGUACUAUCACUCUUUCUUUAUUAAACUUAGAAAUAUACUGAGAUUUUGGUAUAUUUUAUUGUAUAAAUUUUGUUUAUUAACUUUGAUUCUUUUACUUUUCUCAAUAAAAUUAUUAUACAAGAAUAUUUUUAUUGAAAAAUCGUGUAUUAUAAAAGGUUAAGGGCAGCUUGGAUAAUCAAGAGUUUUGCUAUGGAUAUUCCUGGGAGUGUAACUAAUUGCAAAAAUCGUUGCUUCCUACAAUUUAUAUGACCUUUUGAUUUUACUUUUCAACUGACCUUCUAAAAUGCUUCUAUUUGGAAUCUCUUGAAAUUGUAAUAAUUCAAAGCCAUUGAAGUAAUAUGCUUUCUUGAUUUCAGCUGUUCAUCAUUCUUUGCCAUUAUUCGUUGAAAAAUUUUAUUGAAAUUUCCGGUUAACACCGUAGAAAAAUAAAUUUUUUCAUCAGAAGAUCUAAAAAGUUAGCACUUGAAAUAUUUUUUAUUUCAAACUCACUUUGUUUGAAAGUCAAAGGUUAUUUUGGAGUAUGCAUUACUUAAAUGUAUGUUUCUGACUCAUAUUGAUGAAUAAUUAAAUUAAUAAUAUGAUUAAAAAUAAUUUUAUUAAUAAUAAAUUAACUGACUUUAUGAAUAAUUUAAUGUCAAAUAUCUAGAAAUCUCUUUAAAUUCUUAAUUGUUUUUUAUUUUUUUGAAAAAUUAGAAAACAACCACUUUUCUAUUUUCAAAAGUAAUAAUAACUUUCAACAUUAACUGUUGAAAUUUUUAUUUUAUUGCUAGAAAAAGUUUUCCCUUUUCACUCAACCUUACUUCAGUACUCCGGUGAUAUUCACAAAUCAUUAUUGUUGCCAAAUUAAUUAUUUUUUAUAAAAGGUUUUUCUUUAAUCGCACAUUAGUUAUAUUGUACAAUUUACUUGCUAUUGUAUGUGCAUUUUUAUUGUCUUAAAUUUAAUUUUUUCUAUAUAAAAUUGUAUUUUAGAUUUCUAAUAUGCAAUAACUUAUUUCAUGUUACUUUUGCCUUUAAUUUUGAAGAUUUAUCUUUGUGUGAUAUGUGCUUAUCAUGCCAAUAAAUUGCUUAUUUUCUUUCUUUA